AAUGAUUUUCCAUUUUGCAAGGAAUGGCUUGCAGAGUUGGCAAUGUCCCCUCAUUUUUUUCUCUUCUUCUUCUCAUUCUCAUCCCAAACACUCACACACACAGUGAGUCCCUCUCAGCAGUUAAGCAACUUCAAUCACCCCACCUACUCUUUCUUCCAUUCAUUCCUUCAUUCAAUGCCUGCAGCACUUGUUUCAUCUUAAAGCUCUCACCUUUGUCUCACCCAAGUCAUUAAAUUCAAUCAAAUUUCAAUCUUUCUGCUCAGAAAUUAAAAACUCAGAUAGAAGAAGAAGAUGCCUCUGGUGAGGUUUCAGGUGAAGAGUGAGUAUAGCCUUGGUCAGCCUCAGCUUUACAAAGAGGCUAACAGAGAAGAUCCCAAGGCUGUUCUUGACGGCGUCGCCGUCGCCGGCCUGGUCGGGAUCUUGCGUCAGUUGGGUGAUCUUGCCGAAUUUGCAGCAGAGGUUUUUCAUGGCUUGCAAGAACAAGUGACUACUACAGCUUCUAGAAGCCAUAAGCUGAUGGUUCGCGUGCAACACAUUGAAGCUGCACUUCCUCCCCUUGAGAAGGCUGUACUUGCUCAAACAAGCCACAUACAUUUUGCAUACACAGCUGGUUUAGAGUGGCAUCCACGCAUUCGAAGUGAAAGACAUCAUUUCAUCUACAAUGACUUGCCUCGCUUUAUCAUGGAUUCAUACGAAGAAUGUAGUGAUCCUCCGCGUUUGCAUUUGCUUGACAAAUUUGAUACUGGUGGUCCAGGUUCUUGUUUAAAGAGAUAUUCAGAUCCAACAUUUUUCAAAAGAACAUCGGUUGUCCCUGAUGAAGCAACUGCUGAAAAACUCCAAAGAGAUGGAAAGGCUCACAGAAGCAAGAAAAAGAAAGGAUCACAGAACAAUGGAGAUGUAUCACGUCCUGCAUCGAUAUCUAAUCACAGUAGCAGAAGGCAACCUAUUUCUUCUAAUGUGAAUGGGCGAAGCUCACCUUCACGAACUAUCUCCUCAACUGACAUGGCGGCAGUAAAGUCUGACCUGGGAAACAAUUCUAAUUCUUUUAGUUCAAGAACUGAUUUGGGAUAUAAUGAGUAUGUUGCACAUUCAAGUUCCUCCCUGCAAGCCAAACAAGAAGAAUACAAGGAAUCCCCUAGUUCUGAAUCGGUGCUUCGUAAUGAUACUUUUGAAUGUGUUUUGCGUGAUGGUGAAACUGUGUUUGUAGAUGGAAACUCUCCUGCAAGUUCAUUGCAGGACCAAGUUACCUCUGGUUCCUCUUGUGGUAAAUGGGAUGAGAAGGCAGAAAUAGUAGAUCCUACUGGUCAACAGAUGUAUUUGGAUGAAACUACAGAAAUGCUCCCUACAAUGGACGAGUUGGAUGCACAUGAAGGGAGAGCUGAUAACAGUAGGAGUAUCCAGCAAAAUGAUUUCCUCUUUGAUGGCGAAAACAUUUUGGAGCCGACCUCGAGUGGGAACCAAAUUGAUGAAAUUGAUAGUGGGCCAGAUGAACCAGACACUUUCAUGGAUGCGCUCAAUACCAUCGAAUCAGAAUCUGAUAAUGAUCUUGAUUGUCAAACAAAACGAGAAGUAAAACCUGUCCCGACUUUUGUCAACAAGGAAGGACCGGAUGGAAUCCAGGAGAUCACCACGGAUUGUGUAAAUCCUCAUACUCCAAGGUUUGAAACUCAGAGGGCAACAUCUCACACUUUCCCCAAGAGAGAAAUGCCAGUGGAUCUACCAAGCUUGGCAUCACUAGAGAGCACUGUCCCUGAGCAGAACCCUCAAGUAGGCGUGGAACCAUCUAACUCAAACUACUAUGUAGGCUCUGAUCGAACUGAGAUUAUUGAUGAUUCAAGGUCAGAAACUGUUGUUUGUGAUUCAGCACCCUCUAGCUCUGGAACUACUACUGUGCAAGAUAAGAUCAUAAGCAGUUUGCAUGAGCUUCAAGACUCUCCUGCUGACAUUUCCAGGAGUAAUUCACUAAAUUUUUGGACUAAUGGUGGCAUGAAUGAGUCGCAAGACUCUCCUGCUGACAUCUCCAGGAGUAAUUCAAUAAAUUUCUGGACUAAUGGUGGUAUGUUAGGGCUUGAGCCAUCAAAACCUCCUGAUUUCUCCAUGGCAAGUCCUGUGAAUCCUGCUAGCAAAAGUACAGCUGAGACAAAUGGUAUCUCAAAUUAUGCUUACAAGGUUAUAGUAGAUGAGAAUGAAAUGGAACCAAGCAUGCUGACUAUGGAUGAUCGAUGUAAUGAUAAAGGUCAAGGGGAUGACAUCUCAUCAGAGAAAAUAUCUAAUGGAGUUUCACCUGUGGAUUUGUGUACAAAGCUUGGAAAUAUUGGUGAUUCUAAUAAGAGCAAUGGAUUUGACCAUGUCUUGGAGGAUGGUUGGAGAAAAACCAACACAUUGGAACCUGAAAUUGUGUUACCAGUUGCUCCAUAUGCUAAAUCUGCUUCUAAUGACUUAAAUCAAGAGAACAGUGAGAACUCUUCUCUGGUUUUUGGUCUUGGUCGUAGGUUACUUGAGAAUGGUUUUGGUAGAAAUGUAUCGUUUGACAAGUUUGAGCCUGCUAGGUACAUGUAUGCUGAUGAAUUGGAGCAGAAAAGUGAACACCAGAGAUUAGUGUACCAAUCAUAUCCUGGGACAGCCUUCCAAGAGCAGUCUGAAGAUGGAUUUGCAGCUCAUUCAUCUCCUUCAUCACCGCCACUUGAACAUAUGAAGAUAUCUUUCCAACCCAUUAAUGGAAAUGAAACAUCCAAACUAAAAUUGAAGUUGUCUGAUGGAAAUCAAAGCCAUGGAAGCGUGAGAGACAUGUUUCAGUCAUUCCAGUUGAUCCCAGAACCUGCUGUCCCUCUGCAUGAAUUUGGUUCUGAUUCUGACGAUGACACUUUCUGUCGAUCAUCUCCUUACAUAUCUGAUGACUGUGUUAGCCAUCAGUCUGAGUUCAAUUCUGAACAAUGGGAGUCUAGUGCAACUCCAGACAGAGACAACCAUGAAAGUUAUAAUGCCUUACGUGGAAUCUCAUCAGUGGAACAUAUAUCCAGCUCUCCAGAACUAGGGGAAAUAGCCAGCAAUGCCAUUUAUAGUGAUGGUGGGAUCAAAAGCAUUUACUCUGAGAAUGGUCUGGUACAGUAUCUCUCUGAUCCUUUAUUUGAUCUUGCAAGUUUAGACGCUUUCAAACCUGUACUUCUGCAAGAACCAAAAGAUGAUUCUGCACUAAUGGAUGCCCAUGGCCUGAGAUGUCCUGCGGAAUCUACACCAGGACCACCACCUCUCCCUCCAGUGGAAUGGUGUCUUUCAAAGCCUCAGUUCAAUGCUACAGAAGAAAUUCGAGAUGUAUCUGAAGGUUUUAAACAUGUACCUAAUACAGACCCCUUGGGGUCUAUCACCUUCCAGCAACCGCCAUUAAAGCAGCAAGAAGUGAACGAAGAGCUUGUUUGUAUUGAACCAAAGAUCACGCAGAACCAGCAGGUGAAUGAACACCAAAAAUCUGAUCAGGCUCUAAACAGCAAAGAGAUAGAUGAGAAUGACUUCUUACAACAAAUCAGAGCACGGUCAGUCAACCUGAGACGCACAGUGACAGCGAAGCCAAUGACUACUACACCAGGACCUGCUACUCAUGUCAAAGUCACUGCAAUUCUGGAGAAAGCAAAUGCUAUCCGCCAGGCUGUUGGAAGCGAUGAUGGGGAUGAUGAUGAUGACGAUACCUGGAGUGACACUUGAUCUGACCAUGCAUCUUAUGCCAAACCAUGAGAAUAAUCUCUUGUGGUCAGAGUGCACAAAGUCGGCAGGCUGUGUUACAUAUUAUGUUAAUAAUUUCAGUUUCUUCAUGUAAUUAAUCGUAGGGCUAAUCUUGUAGUCCCCUUUGUAGUAAUUUUGAUUGAAUCCUUUCGGUAGAAAGAUGAGAUGAGUUGUAGGGUUGAGUAUGAUUGAACAUCCACACACUGGAGGCAAGCAUUUAUAUAAAAUGCCAUGAUGCCAGAAUAUAUUUUUGCUGUU